AAGCUUCCAACUCGGAAAUUAUUGAGUUGCGAGGGUGGAGGACGCCCAAAAGCACACUGUCAAUAGAAGCAGCUCGCCUACAGAAAAGGAGGCAGCCUUCUGCAGUAAUGGCUCCUUCUGCUGACACCAGCGCAGCGAGCUCUCGCAUUGCGGUUCUUUCCAGCCAUUUGCGUACCUCGUCCAUCAGUGAAGGUCAAUCUGCAGAGCACCUCGUGCCUAGGACAACUGAUGCGCAAGCGGAGGUACGCCCUACCCCGGGGGGAGGAAAAGGCAAGCUGCAUGUUACUGACGAGAGGACUGGAAAACAAUAUGCUCUGGAAAUCAAGGACGGGGGAGUGGUGACAGCAACUGAUUUCAAAAAGAUCAAGGCGGGUGGUGAUGGAAUUGGGCUGACUCUGUUCGACCCCGGCUACAUCAACACGGCUCCAGUCAAGUCGUCCAUCUCGUACAUCGAUGGCGACAAGGGGAUUCUCCGAUACAGGGGCUAUCCGAUUGAGGAAUUGGCAGAAAAAAGCACCUUUUUGGAAACAGCAUACCUCCUGUUGUAUGGCAACCUGCCUUCAGCUGCACAACUAGCGAACUGGGAGGAUGCGGUCAUGAGACACUCCGCUGUGCCGGAGGGAGUGUUUGCAUCUAUUGACGCUCUUCCUCACGACGCACACCCAAUGGGCAUCCUGGUGGGGUCCAUCUGCGCCCUUUCAGCUUUCCACCCGGACGCCAAUCCCGCAAUUCAGGGCCAGGAUCUGUACAAGAGCCGCGCGGUGCGUGACAAGCAGAUUGUGCGCGUGCUGGGCAAGGUCCCCGCAAUGGCAGCCGCUGCAUACCACCGCGCAACGGGGCGCAGGGUCUCUCCGCCCGUCACCGAGCUUACCUAUGCUGAGAACUUUUUGUACAUGUUGGAUGCCAUGGGCGACCGGUCGUAUCGGCCGCACCCCCGCUUGGCGCGCGCUCUGGACAUCAUGUUCAUUCUGCACGCAGAGCACGAGAUGAACUGCUCCACCGCCGCAGUCAGGCACCUCUCCUCCAGCGGGGUGGACGUUUACACGGCCCUGGCGGGUGCCACGGGCGCCCUGUACGGCCCGCUGCACGGGGGCGCCAACGAGGCGGUGCUCAAGAUGCUCAGCGAGAUUGGCAGCGUGGACAACAUCCCCGACUUUGUGGACGGCGUCAAGAACCGGAAGCGCAAGCUGUCUGGAUUUGGCCACCGCGUGUACAAGAAUUACGACCCGCGCGCCAAGAUUAUCAAGAAGCUGGCGGACGAGGUCUUCUCCAUCGUCGGGCGGGACCCGCUGGUCGAGGUGGCCGUGGCAUUGGAGAAGCAUGCUCUCUCCGACGACUACUUCGUCAAGCGCAAACUGUACCCCAACGUCGACUUCUACUCGGGCCUCAUCUACAGGGCGAUGGGCUUCCCCACCGAGUUCUUCCCGGUCCUCUUCGCCAUCCCGCGGAUGGCGGGCUAUUUGUCACACUGGAAGGAGUCUCUUGACGACCCGGACACCAAAAUCAUUCGGCCGCAGCAGGUGUAUACGGGCGAGUGGUUGCGCUCGUACGCCCCUGCAUCAAACCGUCCGGAUGCGGCAGGUGGAGUCGACAAACCGGGGCCCAUUCACGCCUCAAAUGCUACGAAAAGACGGUUAGCGGCAUUCAAGCAAGGGAGUACGUGAUUUGUCAUAUUUGCGCGUCUUUGAUAUACAUAGGAAGAGGUAAGAGAAAAGUUGGCCUGGCACUCGGCCUCAUCACCAGAUUACAUGCAGCUUAGUCGCUCACCGAGUACAUAGACACGUGGCCAAAUGGCAACAAUGACCAGGUUUAGUAACCAGAAUUUAUGAUGAGAAUCGUUUGACUAUUCCGGCCUCAGCUUGAUUAUGUAGAACUUGAAGCAGCGGAAUCAUUUGAAUGUUUGCUUGCAUAUUGGGGCCCACAGCUCAGUGAUCGGCUCGUAUUCAAUCAAAAGUACGACCUCUAGCUGUAACUCAUUUUCAGCACCAUAAUGGUUUUCAUGCCAUCAUGGCAUAAAACCCUGGAAUCAUAAGAUACACCUCAGCCUUUUAGAAACGUACUAACAAGUGCAUGUUUGGCGGUCACUGUACGUGGUCACUGUUGUGUAGCACGCCAUACAACGACCGUACUUAGGCUGUCACAUGGCUCGAGCUCGCAAUUUGAUUGAUCAGGCAUGACGCUAAAAGCCCGGCCGUCGGGCCGGGCUGCGGCGUGCGUGCAACCAGCUAGAUUUGGUGCCCACACAUGCCAACUUGCCAUCGCGUUGUUGAAGAACGUCGCGACCCCGCCCCUAACUCGGAGGCCGCAGAAGCCAUCAC